AUGCCACCCCACGGCAGUGAUUCUGGAUCCUGGCGUGACGGCAGCGGUGGGCAAUUUCCCCCUCGUCCAAACGUUGGCGAGGAUUUAACUCCGGGUGAUCCAGGUCGCCAAUUGAGAGCCAACAAGCCAUCUGAGAACAGCAACAACAGCGGAUCAGCUCGAGUCCCCCGCGACAGUUCGUGGCACGGCAGCGGAAGUUUUGAUGUGCAUAUUCCUCGUCCACCAAAUGCUGGAGAGAAGCCUCUGGCAUCCAACGGCGAGCGUGGCUCGAAACCACCGAAAAACGACGGCUCGCCUGGUGGCAACCCUCCACCACUGCAACCAGACAGCAGUGUUGAAAGCAACUAA